AUGGAGAAGUUGGCCUUCACGUUGAUAACUGCUGCGCGAAAACUCAAACCGUACUUCCAAGCACACACAAUCGUUGUCUUGACGGACAAGCCCUUGAGAAGAGCUAUAAGUAGCCCCGAGGCAGCAGGAAGAAUGGCUUUAUGGGCUAUAGAGCUCAGCAAGUUUGACAUACACUACCGUUCGCGAACGGCUAUAAAAGGACCGGUGGUGGCUAAUUUCAUCGCCGAAUUCACUCUUGGAGACGGCCAGGGGGCAGAGGAUACACAACAGUGGAAUAUUUAUACGGACGGAUCUUUAAAUAGAAGAGCAGGAGGGGCUAGCGUAGUGAUCCAAACCCUGGAGGGGGAUAAGAUCGAGUGCAAGAUCCGACUAGAUUUCCCCACAACCAAUAACGAGACAGAAUAUGAAACCUUGGUGGCAGGGCUAGACCUCGCAAAGGCUGCAGGUGCUGAAAACGUGGUUGUACAUUGCGACUCACAGGUAGUAACAAAUCGGAUUAAUGGCGGCUACAAGUGUAAGAAUGAAAGGAUGAAGAGGUAUCUAGAAGAGGUAAAGAAUCAAAUUAGCAGCCUCGAAGUCAGAUUCUUUCAAAUACCGAGAGGGGAAAACGAAUGCGCCGACCGAUUAGCAAAAGCAGCCUCGGCAGAAUUAAUGCUUGUCCCCGAUCAGGUAUUGUCAUUUGUCCAAGUCUCCUCACUUAUUGAUGAUGGAACAAAUGUGCAGGAACUAAAUUCUGAAAGCAAUUGGACUACACCUUUGAUAUCGUAUCUCAAGACUGGCGUGUUACUAGACGGUAGUGAUACCGCUAGAAAGGUGAAGGUCCAAGUAUCACGAUUCGUGCUGAUAAAAGGUGUUUUAUACAAAAGAGGGUUCUCUCGGCCGUACCUGAGGUGUCUAUGCCACGAAGAAGCAGAUUACGUAAUGAGAGAAGUUCACGAGGGUAUCUGCGGAAACCACUCUAGGGCGCGGUCAUUAGUGCACAAGUUGAUCCGAGCAGGAUACUAUUGGCCUACAAUGAUGAAGGACGCACAGGCCUAUGUCAACGCCUGCGACAAGUGUCAAAGGUUCAGUAAUCUCAUCAGGCAACCAUCCGAGGAACUAACCCCCAUGACGGCCCUUUGGCCCUUCGCUCAAUGGGGACUAGAUAUCAUGGGCCCCUUCCCAGCAGCAGUUAGGUACAGGAUACCCAGAGUGCUUGUCUCCGACAACGAAAAGCAAUUCAACAACAACGCAUUUAGGGACUUUUGCUCGGAGCUAGGUAUCAAGAAUCACUACUCGUCGCGAGCACACCCACAGGCCAACGGGCAAGUUGAAGUCACGAACCGGUCCUUACUCAAGAUCAUCAAGACCCGACUCGAGGGGGCAAAGGGUAUCUGGCUAGACGAGCUGCCAAGCGUUCUGUGGGCAUACAGAACUACAGCAAGAACGCCCACGGGAGAAACGCCAUUUCGAUUAGCAUACAGAAGUGAAGCUGUCAUCCCAGCAGAAGUAAGGCUUACAAGCUUUCGGAUGGAGAGUUACAACGAGAAUAAGAACGAAGAGGCCAUGCGACUUCAGCUCGACCUUGUGGACGAGGUAUGA